AUGAGUUUAGGAACAAAGAAACCUAAGUUUAAACUCGAUCUUAAUAUCAAUGAACUAUCAAAUAUCCCUCAGGUCAGUGGAGAGUGCUACAUAGAGCUCAAUAUCCGUGACAGCAAGAAGAAAUCACUUCCAUCGCUCCGAGCCCUUUCCAUCCGAAAUAACAUUCACAAGUCGCUUACUGAUAACGAUAAUAGCGAACCGUCUCUGGGAUCAUCAACUCCAGCCUUCUCCUCGCCUAACAGUGAAGACAACAGGACACACACAUCUAAUGGUAACAUUUACGUCACCACAUCCUCGAAACCAAUACAUAACUUCAAAUGUGGGUUCAACUAUAAGGUGUCAUGUAACUUGCGGUUUGGCAUUAAGCGCCGGGAAAACUUGAUUGCAGACAAGUAUCUUCUCAUGAAGAUAUUCUACGUGGGAGAAAAGCACAAGGAAUUCGGCCAUCACCACACCAGUAACAGGCUCGAGUUGGGAAAACUAGAAAUCAAUUUAGCUGAAUAUUUGAAUUUCAAUGAACCUGUUACUUCCAAGUAUUUGCUUAAAGACUCGAAAGUCAACUCCAUCUUGAGUUUGACCGUCCACCUAUCGGAGUUGCCGGCCAGCUUCGACUUUCAUACGCUGCUUCAAAUCAACGAUUCGGGAACUGUUUCUAAGUCUGUCACUCACCAUGACACCACCUCAAAGUCCUCUUCAACUGCUCAGUCAUCCUCCCACAACCAGUAUAAUGUCCCGCAGUUCGAACGGAGAAACAUAUUUGGCGGUUUGAACGACGUCAUUGGAUCUGAGAACAAGAAGACCGAUACUUCUAUCAAGCGGGAACAGUCUCCGAUGUCUGAUGAUAGGCGUAUUCAACGGUCUGGCACCAAGAAGAGUCGCAAUCCUCCGGAAAAGUCGUUGGAAACGAAGGGUGACCAAGACCCUCCUGUGCUCAUUGAUCCCAUUGUCAAUGACUUGUACAAGAAGAUUUUGGAGUCUACGUGGGACCCAAAACUUCAUCUUCUUUUGGACUUUUCGCCGGAAGUAUGCAUCAAUAGCAUAUUCAACAAUUCUGCUGACGAAUGGCGGCAGAAAUUGAAAGAUGACUUGGCGGAUGACAACGACGAGGAUGAAGAGGUAAGGUGCAUUCAUGGGUUAAUUAAUGAGACCAACUAUAGAGAAGAUUUGAGAAGUUGGAGCGUCAAAGGUGUAAACUAA